AAACUUAUCUGCUUUCUUAUAGACUCUGUUUAAAUGUGUUUGUGCUCUCUCUUUCUUUUUUUCCUCUUUAAAUACAAUUCAUUUCCACAUAUAAUGUACUUAUAAAAAACUUAAAAAAGACACUUUAUUCUUUUUUGUCUCAUCAAGUAACAUGGCCCGAGUUUAUUUUAUUUUCUUAUUGUUGCGGAGAGUUAUCUCAUGUGCAACCAAGAGGGUUAUUAAGUUGUCUCUCUCUUUUUUUUCUUUUUCAACUAAUUUGUAUGUCUGUACUUUCCACUAAAGUGACUGAGCCUGCCCCCAUCUUGCAUGCCAACAGUUACCCAACAGCACCCACUAUUGUUGCUUCUACCAACGCAUCUCCAUGCUUACAACUCAUUCUCGAAAAGAGCGAAACAGAACCACUUGUGGCACUCGUAAAUAACAAGAAAGUCUUGUAUUAUUAUCAAGAACCACUAUCAGAUAAUGAAUCGCCUGCGGUAUUGUACGAUACCUCAAAAAGUCCAUUAUGGCGAAUAUCUGACCGAGAUUGGCAUCGUUUAUCCCUUGUGUCUGGAGACCAAUGCAUUGUGAUAUCAUUAACACCACCUCUGUUCCGGUUCAUGAUCGACAAUCACAUCUAUCACUGGCAAACAAUACAGACAGAAGCAGGCUACAGUCUAAAAUGUUAUCAUACAGAAUCCAAAGCAUUACUGGCAGAGUUAGAUGACACAACACUCUCACUUUAUCAUCAUAACCCAUUUAGAACUCAAUUAGACCAUACAGGUGUCAUUCUCUCUGGUUUAUUAGUGCAUCAUUACAUGAGUAACUUGCUCGCAUCAGAUCCUUCCGGUCUAGACGAAUCAGACACGCUUUCUUUUACACAGCAUUAUCCUGGGCAUCAAAGUCUGGUCGGGGAUACAAGAUGGUCAGCACAGUCAUUUAAGAGCAUUGAAUUAGACCCAGGCAUAUGGCGUUGUUGGUGGGGAUAUAAGUUUUGGUGGUCAUGGCUUCCUUGCUGUAUGCCUGGUGGAUGUUGUGAUAGAGUCUGUAUACGAAUGAAGGGGAAAAAAGCGCGUAAGAGAACACUGUCUAAACAAGGUUGGCAACAACAGCACUACUAAUUUAUUUAUUUUUGUACAUAUACCUUUUCUUGUAAGAAUAAAAGUCUGUAUUUUUCUUUUUCUUUUUUUUUGGGUCAUACAAUGGUUAUUUAUUUGACACACACACAAGUAAGGUUUAACUAUUCUAAUAGAUAUUGAGAAGUUCUUUAAUAGUCCGCUUCGCCUUGGAGAAGAAAAGAGUAACAA